GCCGUCGCCGCCGCCGCUGCCGCCGCCGCCGCGCAGUGUACCGGGUGUCCUCAACCGAGGCAGUCAUUCGCACCGAUCGUCGCGGAGGGAAAAGUGUAGCCAAAUUGUCUCUUGCGACAAUUAAGAGACGCUAAACCUUUUGUCCCAACAAGAGUGUCGCGCUGGGCCACUCCAAGUCCUCGGCUAUAACAAUCUGCGCGAGCUCGUUGUUGGACGAGCGACUCGACGGUGCGUGCAUGCCGCGCAAUUCGGCGCGGUCAACUUUCCGCGAAUCGUCCAAGAUCGUCCCAAGGAUCCAUAUGGUAACCGGAGGACAAGGUGGUUAUCUUCCCACCGAGUUUCAAGGGCUGAAGGGCUGGCGGCGGCGUUGGGUUCACUCGGCCAUUACCUACAUUUAGAGAAACUAUGGUCAGCAGGAAGGAUGCCGUCCUGCGAGGAAUUGAAACGGAAUGCGAGAAUCGCGAGAGCGACCGCGGAAGAAAGGGUGGAGAUGAUAUAAAGCACGAUAACAAUAACGACGGAAGCGUACCGAUCGGAAGGGAAGACUCGUACGCGAAGAGGAACCACCGGCAACCGGACAGCAGGGCGCCGUUGGUCGGCUGGCGAAACGGAAGUCCUACCAUCUGUUUGAGCUCCCUUCGCGAAAGCGUCGAUCCUGACGACGUCAGCUCGAAAGCUUUGGGUUCGAUCGAUCCGCAGCCGGCCGAGACCAAGAGUGACACGACGAGGCGAGGCAUCAAGGACUCGAUCGAUUCUUUGAGCGUGUCAUCGGAGCGAGAGCAAUUGGAUUGGUCCGGGGGGGAGGCGAAGCGCGAGAAGCCCAAGGUGCCCGACGGUGGUUGGGGCUGGGUGGUCGUUCUGGCCUCCCUCGUCAUCUCCAUGAUAGCCGACGGUGUCUCGUUCAGCUUCGGCCUGCUCUAUAUCAAGUUCCUCGACGAAUUUGGCGCCUCCAAGUCCAAGACCGCCUGGAUCGGCUCGCUCUUCAUGGCCGUGCCUCUUCUAUCCGGACCGAUCAUGUCCGCUCUUGUCGACCGUUACGGAUGCCGGAACAUGACCAUCGCCGGCGGCCUGAUAUCAGGGCUCGGCUUUAUCCUGAGCGUCUUCAGUAACACCAUCGAGCUAAUGUACCUGACCUUCGGCGUGAUCGCCGGUCUCGGUCUCGGCUUGUGCUACGUCACCGCGGUUGUAAGCAUCGCCUUUUGGUUCGACAAGAAGCGCACCCUGGCCGUGGGUCUCGGGGCGUGCGGCACCGGCAUCGGCACCAUGGUAUACGCUCCCAUGACAACGUACUUAAUCGAGGAAUACGGCUGGCGAGGCGCUUGCUUGCUCCUGGCAGGCACUUUCUUCAACAUGAUCGUCGCCGGUACCGUUAUGAGAGAUCCGGAAUGGUGGAUUCUGGAACAACGCAAACAGGAUCAGGCUCCGCUCAAGAAGUCGCACGGCCGCCCGGACGGAAGUUUACUCGACGAAUUUCCAGGCAUCGAGGAGCUCAGAAAGCUGCUCGUUAGAAGCGAUCACACGCCUGAAUAUGUCUUACAAAAUCUCAAUCUCACGAGCAAAACGGUCGACGGUGCGAAGAGGCAGACAACGAGUGUAGUUAAUCUGCCAACUUUUGUAAAGCGGAGCGAAAAGGUGCCUUUGGAAGUAUUGGAGUUAUUACUGUCCAAUUCUAGACUGUACACUGUCAUUUUGGAGAAUUAUCCCAGCCUCCUCUUGUGCAGAAGCUCAUCCGAUAAGCAGCUGCAAGACUCGACGGGGGAGAUUUGUAAUAAAACCGGCGUCACCAUGUCAAUGAGGCUUAAACGAGCUACGGAAUCGAAAGCAAUCACCGAACAGAGGAAAGACUCCCCCCCUAUUCACGCCCCGACGAAACUCGUUUGCAACAGAAAAAUGUCCAGGAAAGAGAUAGAGGAGACUAACCCCUUGUUAGCGAAGCAAGUCACACAUACUACGGUCGCGCCGACCGAAAAAAGAAUGUCUAAACGCUACUCCGAGCCACGAGCCAAUGUCAUCAGGACAGACUCCAUACCGUGGCUCAGACGACAAUUUAGCACCAAUACCCAUUAUUUCAAGGAUAUUAGGGUACACAGAAAUUCGGUCAUGUAUCGCGGAGCUGCUCUAAAUCUGCACAAAUACAGAUUGAGAGCGAGCAGCUGUCCCGAUAUCUAUAGAAACAGCAUGACCACGUUGGCCAAGGAGAACGAACAGAAAUGGUAUGCCGAACUGGUAGAUUUAUUGAAGAGUAUGUUGGAUUUCUCCAUGUUUUUCGAAUUGCACUUCCUACUCAUGUCACUGUCGACGAUAUUGCUGUUCACCUGGUUCAUCAUACCGUACUUUUACCUGGCGGAGCAUCUGACUAGAAACGGUUACGAGGAGUCUCAUGCCGCUUAUCUUCUCGGUACCAUCGGAAUAACCAAUACCAUCGGAAUGGUUGUUCUAGGUUGGGCUGGCGAUCAACCCUGGAUGAAUGUCAGUAAAACGUAUGCUUGCUGCCUGGUCGCCUGUGGAGUGGCUACCAUAUUGAUGUCCAUAUUCACUCGCCAUUAUGUCUUUCUAUUGAUAACCUCGGCAGCUUUCGGUCUUUUCUUUGCCAGUACUUUCAGUUUCACCCCUGUUAUAUUAGUCGAACUUAUUCCUCUGGAAAGAUUCACUACCGCUUACGGUCUUAGCUUACUGUGUCAAGGAAUUGGGAAUCUUUUGGGACCUCCGUUGGCUGGGUGGUUAUUUGACGUGACAGAUUCUUGGGAUCUUUCCUUCUUUAUGGCCGGUGGUUGGAUCAUUGUCUCUGGAAUCUUGGUGGGUAUUAUACCAUGUACGAGAAACCGUAAGAUUUUCGGUAAAGGGCCGAUCGAGAUGGAACGAACGAAUGGCGAUGAUUGUUCGGCAUAAAAAAGAUAUACACGUCACCUUUACAACUUGUGUGCCACGCACGCGCUGCCGUCAAAUAGAAGAAAUUAAUCAACAUUCUAAAAGAACUUUACUCGAACGAAUAAUCCCACUGUGUUUUAUAGUGAUGCAAUUAUGUAGUUUAUAUAUCUAGAGUCGCACGAUGUACUUGUAACGAACAAUGUUUAAUUUACUGCUUUCCAGCGAGUGUGAUUCACACGUACUUAGUCGUGUAGUAAAUUCUACACGAUAAUAAUUACAACGUUGGUUCAAAAUCGUUGGUGUAUUAAUUCGUACGAAUCCGUCCGUAUACAACGUUUAUAUAACGCACCUCUACAAAUUUUGAUAGAUUUAAUUUAAAUAACUGGAUUGAAUAAAAGUAAAUAAAAUGUACGAGCAAGUAGAGAAUAUUUGCAAACACGCGAGAGAGAGAGCUUACAAAGGUUCGGUCUUGUUAUAAAACAAAAUUUACAAGUCCAAUAAAGGAUAUAUUUUGUAACAACGAGAAAAACAUUCGGGGGCGUGUAUGUAGAAAAAUAUACUCUCGUUCGAUCUAAUCUGAAAUAUUUAAAUACAUUUGGACACAGUCAACAUUUACAUUGUUUUACAAAAAUAAGAGUAACAUCUGUAUAUAACCAAAAUGGCAAGCGAUGCCCUUACCCUAGCCAUGUCGAGUUGUCACGCCCCCUGAAUGACUCUUCUUUCGUCGAAAGAUCAGUAGUUACUUCUUUAUUGUUAAUAUCAUUAAUCCAAAGAUUAAAGUCAAGUAGGUAGUCAAUUAAAUAACAACAUAUUAGUAUUUGUUAGAAAGUGUAAACUAAGACACUGAUGCGUCUAAUUUAUUUGAUUAAAUUGUUUGUUCAAUCAUGUCAUUGCAGUUACGUAACAUAAAAUAUAUGUAUCUGUUUGAACGGUA